UUCUCUUUCUCCAUUAAAUCUCUCUGUCUCUCUCUCUCUCUUUCUGUCUCUGCCACCAUUAUCACCAAUGGGAGCUCACUUAUUGUUUCUUUUACUCUCUCUCUUCUCCCUAGCCUUAGCCACAGUCGCCGGCGCCGGCAUCGGCGCCGGAGAAUCUACAUUUCAAUAUCUGAAGCUCCCAUUGCUCCAUAAUCGCCCAUUCCCUUCUCAGAUCCUCUCCUCCGACUCUACUCGCCUCAUUUCGCUCCACCGGCGCCGCGCUCAGCUGCCGGUCACCUCCGGCUCGGCCUCCGGCACCGGACAGUACUUCGUGGAGUUCCAUCUUGGCACGCCGCCGCAGCGGCUGCUUCUGGUGGCGGAUACCGGCAGCGAUCUCGUCUGGGUCACGUGCUCCGCGUGCCGCAACUGCUCGGAGCGGGUCCCACACUCCGCAUUCCUCGCUCGCCACUCCGCUUCUUUCGCGCCGGUCCACUGCUACGACGAGAAGUGCAAGCUCGUGCCCCACCCGAGGCGCGUCGCGUGCAACCACACGCGCCUCCACAGCCCCUGCCGAUAUGAGUAUUUCUACUCAGACGGGUCGGUUACCAGCGGGUUUUUCGCGACUGAAACGACGGCGUUUAACGCCAGCUCCGGGUUACCGGUCCGGUUCAAGAAUGUGAAAUUCGGUUGCGGCUUUCGCGCUUCCGGUCCAAGCAUUACCGGUCCGAGUUUCAACGGAGCUCAGGGGGUACUCGGGUUAGGCCGCGGUCCGAUUUCUUUGGCUACUCAAUUGGGCCGCCGGUUCGGCAACAAGUUUUCUUAUUGCCUUAUGGAUUACACCCUCGCCCCUACGCCGAGGAGCUAUUUAGUGAUCGGCGAUUCACAAGGCGGCGGCGCCACCAACGGCUCGAGAAUGAGCUUCACGCCGCUGAUUCACAACUCUGUCUCCCCAACUUUCUACUACAUAGGGAUAGAGAGCGUGAAUAUAGAGGACACGAAAUUACCGAUCAGCCCUUCCGUGUGGGCCAUUGAUGAGCUGGGCAACGGUGGAACUGUCAUGGACUCAGGGACAACUCUGACAUUUCUCGCCCAGCCGGCUUACACUAGAAUAGUAAACGAGUUCAAGCGGCGCGUCAAGCUGCCCCAGCCCGCCGAGCUGACUCCCGGGUUUGACUUGUGCAUAAACGUGUCGGGCCUGCCCAACCCGAACCCGAAUCUCCCCAAAAUAACUUUCCGGUUCGCCGGUGGAUCGGUCUUCGCCCCACCCACCGGAAACUACUUCCUAGACACCGCCCCGGACGUCAAAUGCCUCGCAUUGCAGCCCGUCGCCUCGCCGGCGGCAUUCUCCGUCAUCGGAAACCUAAUGCAACAAGGUUUCACGUUCGAGUUCGACCGAGAUCAGUCGUUACUAGGAUUCUCACGACACGGGUGUUCCCAACCGUGACCCGCCCGGGCCCGAACUCACCUCAGAUUUUCUUCUUCUUGUUCCUUUUUGGUGUACCAUUUUGUAUUCUUGAAAUUUGUGACAUGAUUUAUUAAUGUUAACUACGUAUAAUACUACAAAGUACAUUACAAUAAUAUUAUAUUACUACAUAUUUUUUGAAUCA